GCAGGCAGCGCAGCAGCGGAAGGUCGUUUGUUUUCGUCAAUCUCUUUGAUCGUGGCUUCGCUGAAAGAGUUACAGUGUAACUGUUCUUAUUAUCGGAGAGGAAACACGAGGUUACAGUGAAGCCCAGGGUCCGACUGAGGGUUCUGGAGAACACACGGCCCGGCCCGGAUCGGUGUAUGUGUCUGUGUGUGUGUGUUUUGUUGCGUCUUUACGGAUUUGGAGAAGAAACUGACUGGAAGCUCCGGAUUUGUGAAGGUGCAUGUUGGGCAAAAUGUCCUCUAAGACGAGCUCGAACAGCAUGGCCAUGGCGAGGAGGACGGUACAGCAGCUCCGGGUCGAGGCCAGCAUCGAGAGGAUAAAGGUGUCCAAAGCUUCCGCUGAUCUCAUGCGCUACUGCAGCGAGCACGGCAAGUACGACCCCCUGCUCAUGGGCAUCCCAGCGUCGGAAAACCCCUUCAAGGACAAAAAGACCUGCACUUUAUUCUAGUCACACUCAAUUUCCUUCUUUUCUUAUUUAAUGUAUACUGGCGAGUCAACGUUGCCUUAACUCUGAACCUGUUUCAGUCUGUUUGUUAACGUUAAUCAGUACUAAUCACAGCCUUUUAUUUUUGCUGUUAGGAAUAGCGUCUGUGUGCUUUAUGUUGUUCGUGCUGAACUUAAUGCAUUCCAGAGGGUUCGAGUAAAAAAACUGCCAUGAAACAGA